UAUUUAUCACGACGUGGCAUUGAUAUCUCCAAAUAUCGGCCAUCAAUUCGUUUCAAUCCGGACAAAAUCUUCUUAACGCCGAAAAACCCGAUCAUCCCGGGAUGCAUCAAAAUCAAGGCUUUGGGCGUAGAAAUUGUUCGACCGGUCAAAAAUCUGAUCGCUGAAGUUGAGAUGCGUAUCGGUGGAACGCCCGAUCCGAAUAAUCCACCGCUGCCAUGCUCUAAAAAGAUCGAUCAAAAAGUCAAUCAGUGCCCAUGCGCCAAAUUGGACGGAUCAUGUGUCUUCUGUGAUUUCUGCAAACAAAUGAGGCAACAAGCAACUCAACUCUCGCUAACGCGACGUCCACAACCUGGCCGUAAGGUGAUCGACAAUGACUGUCAAUGCGAUGUAAUGCAACCCGGCAUGUACGACAUCGAAACAGAGAUGUGCACACCUGAAUUAGACGAUAUUCGAGAGUAUAUUCCACCUGAGAUACAGAACAAUAUCCUUGAAAAACAACCGGUAUGUUUUGUUACUUCCGUCGUUCAGCACCUACAUUUCAUCAUCAAUAAUGUUUACAUAAAGUGA